CGCCGCCUGUAAUUUCGCGGUGGUCGCGGCGCGCAGGCGCGUACGCACGCCUGACUAAGAUGGCGGCCGAUUAAUACCAAGUUUAAAUUAAAUUUCGAAUUACAAAAGUGUUCGGAUAUACGCAUAAGUAUUUCAUACGAUGCUUAUUUCUACAUAAAGAAACUGAAGCGAUAAUAGCGCGCCUCGACGCCGACUCUUAUCGGUCUCGUUUCCAGGACAUUGAUUUUUGCUCAGUGCUACACAAGUCACACAUGUUUAUAACAUCGUAUUACAGUUAUGACUCAGUAUUUUAUGUGCUUGAAGAAUUAGGGGAUUUAUGGAUUUUUAAUCUCACCAAAAUGGCAACAAUACAACAACAUUGAAUAAACACAGCAAGACGCGGUCUAAAAGGCUUGUUGCGGGUAAGGUUCGAGCGCGCCCUCGCGGUCGGCCUUACUAAACAGGUGAGGCGGCGACGCCACACAGAACAUGCUACUAAGAUUGCCGUGUCCCUUUACGCAGACGUCCCUCGCAAGUCUACGACAAGCGCCCGCAUCCGGCCACUCCGCCGGGCCGGCCUGGUGGACCAUGAUGAACGGGGUCGGCGGCGCGCUGUACGAGGAGCCGCACGCGUCGCCCCCCGGCGGUUCGCCCCCAGCCGCGCCAGCCGCUGCGCCCCCCUCAGCCUCGAGCGCCUCACCGGCCUCCGUGGGCUCCAACCCUCCGCAGCCGCCCCUGCACAUCCCGGCCAAGAGAUACGAGCCCGAGCCUGGAGUCAUCCGGCACGCGCAGCAACCCUGGGGCUACCCGCCUGACGGCCCAGCCUCCUUCGAGCAGUACCCCACCGGACCUACGUAUUAUAACCUGCCUGUGGAAAGGGAGAGGAAAUCGACUUUGCCUUUCUGGCCCACGAGUAGUGGAGAAUACAAGCCGUACGCUGACGGUGCUUGUCAUCAGGGUUUCUCACAGCCCUGUUGGAACUACCCUUAUGGGGCGCCACGAGGUGAUCAGCCCCUGCCCUAUGUGAGCGGUGAGGAGCGCCGGACAGCCGUGUCAGAGCCCUCCAGCUUCUCCCAUGACGCGUAUGGCCUUAGGAACUACGCACCAGAAUCAGUCUCCAGCGCGCCGUACCCGCCACCAGGAUCCCUGCCAGGUUCCCUCUCAAUGUCUGUGGGAGUCGGAGUCGGUUGCGGGUCGUCAAAUCCCCUCGAUUGGACUGGUCAAGUGACGGUUCGCAAAAAACGCAAACCCUACUCAAAAUUCCAAACCCUCGAGCUAGAAAAAGAGUUCCUGUUUAACGCUUACGUAUCGAAGCAGAAGAGGUGGGAGCUCGCACGAAAUCUGAACUUGACAGAGAGACAAGUGAAAAUAUGGUUUCAGAAUAGAAGGAUGAAGAACAAGAAGAAUUCGCAGAGGCAAGCGGCCCAGGCGGCGCAGAACAACAACAAUAACUCGAAUGCGAAUAACCACAACCACCACGGCGGGCACCACCACGCGCCGCAUCACGUGGCUCUGCACCAUGCCGCGCCCGCCAAACACCAUCAGUGACCCGCGCCUUUCUCUGGGACUUACCCCCUUCAUCACGGUAUAGCCAGCUAAAUCUGAGAACCGGGAAGGAAAAGUUCCAUAAGACUUAAGUGUGAAAGUGGUCGUAGCUUGAAGUUUCGAAGGAUUUGUUUACGUCCAUUGUAUGUUACCCGAUAGACUCUAUGAACGCUGUACCCGCUAUACCGUUCUUACGUAAAGAGGACAUUAUUCCGGUGCCAGGCGCGCCCGAGUCCCAGAGAAUCUCGUAUUAAGAUAAUCAUGUGUUGUCGAUUUGUGUAUAGUAUUAAUUACGAAAUUAUGUUCUGUAAUUUUAACGAGACUAAGAUACAUGAGUAGAUAACGAUUCCUGAUAUUAAUAAUGUUUAGAAUAGCGCUGAAUUAUGUAUUUGAUAUUAUUUAAGUACGAAUUACGAAUAUUAAAGACGUCACCGAUGGAUUAUAGUUUCUAGAUAGUUUAUUGAAAAUUUUGUAAAAUAUUUUGUGAGACUGCUUAUUGUUGUAUUCGUAACGCUGUUCAGAGGGAGAUAGUCUUAAUCAGUUAACUUUUAUUUUCGUUACCAAAUUGUUGAUCUUCUCGGGUUGCUUUGGUGGCAGUUAUAGAUAUCUAUCCACGUGUACGAUAUAUUCAUUAAUAUUAGAUAGUGGCGGCCAUUGUAGCUAAGUAAGUAGCUGUCGCUACCGUCGACGCAUCUCUUUUCUCUAUGAUAAUUAUUACAGCAUAAGCAGAGAUAGUAACCGCAUUAUGAUCAAAUAUUUAUUACUGUUUAAUUUCUCAUAAUUCGUAAAUUUUGUUAUUUAAAUUAUGGAUUUCUUACAAAGCUUUAACUCGGUUCCAGUAGAAUUAUUCAUUAAGUUACUGUUAUGACAUUUUAAAUAUUGAAGUUGAUGUUAUAAUCAAUUAAUUAAGUAAUAUGGGCAAGUGCAUUAAUAUUGUCCUCUAUUGGUUCGUGUACUGUUCGCUUUAUUCGCCUCUCUCAAUACUUUUUAUUUUUGUUUUAGUUGAAUAUUUUAUUAUUUAUUUAUACAUAAAUAUUACAUUACAAAUCGUCUACAUCGAACGAGUUGUGUGCAUUAGGUACAAUAUGUACAAAAUUUUACUUUAUUUUACAAUCAUGGUAUAUCACCCCAGUUUAGGAUAUCAUCUACUAAGUAUUUAGCUACCUACAUCUUCCCUAUUUUAUCAUAUACCUUAUUAUCUAUGUAAUAAAUGUUUUAUUGUAAACUUAGUAGUUCACUCGGAUCUAAUUCAUUAAAUCUGUAUUGUCCCGUAAAUUUCAUAGUAUAAUUAGAUGUUUUUGUACAAAAUGGCGACCUCGUCUAGGAAACCGAAUUUCCAUUUGCUAAGCGGCUGAGGAAAUAAACGUUUGAAACUUAGACGAUUUGACUCAUUUCUAAGCUCAUAUUGUGUCAUAUUAUACAACAAUCAUUGUCAUACAUGGGCUGAAGAUUUUGUUAUUCCACUUUAUCUGAAAAGCACGUAUGAUGACGAUAUUAAUAAAUUGCAGCUAAUUAAUUAAAAUAUCAUCGUAAAUUGGCCAAGUACUUAUUUAAAAUUAAUGUGAUCUUAUCAUUUCACAUCACUUGCUUCUCAGAUGACGUGCGAGCUAAUCACUUCUCUGAUUGUAUAUUCAAAUUUCAGUAGAUCUUCAUCUAGAACCAUACUUACCUAACUAUAUAUUGUAAUAAUUAAAGGUCUCGUAAUUACUAUUGUACAGAUAAAUUAAUGUAGUAAAUCACGCCAGAAUAUGUGAGGUUUUGUUAAGUAUAAUGUAUAAUUAAAAAUGAAUGUGCUCUCGACAGUUUGAUGACGAAUUUAGAAAAGAAUGUAUGAAAGGAGAAAAAAAUUAAAUACUUCGUCGUGUCUUG